AAGGACAUUGUUGCUCCCGCCCGGCAGAAGAGCCACAGCCGCCUCUUCGCAAGCGCGAGGAUUCCACCAUGAAGAGCCUGUGCUUGUGCUUCGUGAUCGUAGUGGGCCUCUUGGCCGGGAUAAGCCCAGUGGCGUGUGCGGGCUCUGUUGCAGCGGCGGAGGGCGCGCAGAAGUUGGCGGAGCGGUUCGCGUGGCGCGCGCUGGACUGGGCCUACCCCACGGAGGGCGCCCGCCAACAGGCGCUGCGCUCCGGGGACUUCAUCCCGGAGAACAACCUGCCCGUCGGCAUCGAGGUGUGGGGCGACAAGCUGUUCGUCACAGUGCCCCGCUGGCGUCAAGGUAUUCCUGCGGCUCUGAACUACAUUUCAUUAUCAACGGCUAACACAGAGUCACCCAAGCUGACUCCCUACCCAGACUGGAACACCAACCGAGAAGGAAACUGCAACGGCAUCACCACCACGUACCGCAUCAAAGCCGACGCCUGUAACCGCCUUUGGGUUCUCGACACCGGUACCGUGGGUAUCGGCAACACCACGGAGAAUGUGUGUCCUUACGCUCUGCUCGCCUUCGACCUCACCACAGACAAGCUGAUCCGCCGUUACCAGUACAAGCCCGACGACACCAACGCCAACACUUUCAUCGCUAACAUCGCCGUCGACAUCGGACACACCUGUGACGACACCUUUGUCUACGCAUCAGACGAGCUGGGAUACGGUCUCAUUGUUUACAGCUGGGAGCAGAACACUUCUUGGCGAGUCACCCACAGCUACUUCAUGCCCGAUCCUCUCAAGGGAGACUACAACAUCGCAGGCCUGAACUUCCAGUGGGGUGAGGAAGGAAUCUUCGGAAUGUCUCUGUCUCCCAUUCAAGCUGACGGGUUCCGUACCUUGUUCUUCCACCCUCUGUCCAGCCACCGGGAGUUUGCCGUAUCCACUCGCGUGCUUCGCAACAGAGAGCAGGCUCUCAAAAGCUACCACGAAUUCGUAGCUCUUGAGGAGCGUGGCCCGAACACUCAUCUCACCGCUUCUUUCAUGGACGACCUCGGUAUUAUGUAUUACAAUCUCAUCGAUCAAAACGCUGUCGGCUGUUGGAACUCGAAGAACCCGUACCUGCCCCAGUACCAAGGCAUCAUCGACCGGGACGACGUGGGCCUCGUAUUCCCCAGCGACGUGAAGAUCGACGCCCAGCGCAACAUCUGGGUGAUGUCCGACCGCAUGCCCGUGUUCUUGGAAGCCGACUUGGACUUCAAGGACGUCAACUUCCGCAUCUACGUGGCGAACGCGGACCAGGUGAUUGCCGGCACAGUCUGCGAUCCCGGAGCGCAAGUCCGCCAGAGCCCCGUGUCCCAUCUGUCCCUGCACACCCCCGCGCCCACGGACCUCGCCAAGAACAACCUCGAGGUGUUGAGCUUGCCGCCAGUCCAACCCGCGCUGCCGGUCCAUGCCUUCGACUUCCCCCUCGCCCCCGCCCCCGCGCCCGUGUCCAAAGCUCCCGCCCCCGCCACCUACUUCACAUCCCAACAGCCGCAGCAGCAGCUGUCGUACGUCGCAGUGCAGACCCCGGCUUCUAAGCUGGCCUACGACCAACCUGCGGGGCUCAGCGGAGGCUACUCCUUCCAGACCACACACUUCGGCUCCAAGAGAAGCGUUGUGCCAGGAAAGUCCACUUCCAGACAACAAGUCUACUACGCUUGA